AACUGUGAAAUUUCACAAAACAAGUGUUAAUGCUGCAAUAAAGUAAAUGGUGUUUUUGAUUUUGAUCAAGUGCUUGUUCCAUUAGUACUUAGUGCUCCUCAAGCAAGUGGCCUUUUGAGGUGAUGUUGCAGUAUAAAACCGAGCGAUUAACAAAGUUUCAAUACAUUCCCGUAGAAAAAAAAAAAGGCGGUUCCAAUGAAGGCAAUCUGCCUUUUGGGCUUGCUCGUGGUCGUCGCCAUUGGCAGGCUUGAAACGGCAAAUGGGGCCGGGGCAUGUGGGAAGUCUACUCCAGAAAUGGAGGCUUUGAAAUUGGCCCCUUGUGCAAUGGCAGCACAGGAUGAGAAAUCUGAUGUCCCUGAUAAUUGCUGCCAGCAGGUGAAGAAAUUAGGGCAGAACCCGGGCUGUCUUUGUGCUGUUAUGCUUUCUGACACUGCCAAGAGCUCCGGGAUCAAACCGGAAGUUGCUAUUACCAUCCCCAAGCGCUGCAACCUCGCUGACCGCCCUGUUGGUUACAAGUGUGGAUCUUAUACACUGCCUUGAAGGGGUGUAAUAAAGAACUCCAAGGGCCAUGCAGUGGCUGCAAGGUAGUUAAAAGAAGCUAGUAGAUAAUUGUGUCAUGGUGACUAGCCAAUAACAGUUGCCAGUUUGUAUGUAUGCAUCAUAAAUAAUGUAUGUAAAAUAUCAGUUUGAAGCUGUGUUGGGUUCUUCCCAACCCUUUUAUCACCCAUUAAACGAGGUUUUUAUUGGGAAAGGAUCA